GGGCGGGACAGCCCAAGUGCUUCCGAGUCGGCCGCGCAUAAUGAGGCGUUUAAGAAGGAAUUGCAGAUGCUGGAAAAUCGAAGGUAGACAAAGGGGCUGGAGAAAUUCAGCGGGUGCAGCACCAUCUAUGGAGCGAAGGAAAUAGGCAACGUUUCGGGCCGAAACCCUUCUUCAGACUGAGGCUCCGGCUCCCGGUUUAUGUGCCGGUUCUUCAACUGGAGGCUCUGCUGAUGUGUGUAUGGAAGCUGCGGAAGAUGGCUGUGUGGUGCUGGAACCGAUUUCACCAGCUGCUGAAACUGACCAGCCUCCGCGGUUGUGCAGCCCGUUUUCUCAGCGGUGGAUUGGUGAAGGAUAAGAAGUUGGUGAUCUGUGUUGAAGGGAACAUUGCAAGUGGGAAGACUACGUGCCUGCAAUACUUUGCAAAGUAUAACAACGUUGAGGUGCUACUGGAGCCAGUGUCAAAGUGGAGGAACGUCUGGAAUCACAACCUGCUGGGUCUGAUGUAUGAAGAUCCAUCGCGCUGGGCGAUCACACUACAGACUUACGUACAACUGACCAUGUUGCAGCAACACAGUCGGCCUCAGACAAUGCCGAUCCGAAUGAUGGAGAGGUCCAUUCACAGCGCCAAGUACGUCUUUGUGGAGAACCACUACAAAAGCUCCAUCAUGCCUCCUGUAGACUAUGCCGUGCUGUCCGAGUGGUUUGAAUGGAUCGUAGCAAACAACAACAUUCCAGUUGACUUGAUAGUGUACCUGCAGACCUCACCGGAGACUUGUUACCGGAGACUGAAGUACAGGUGUCGGAGUGAGGAGACCGUUAUCCCACAGGAAUACUUGCAAAGUCUCCAUCAACUUUAUGAAGACUGGCUGGUCAAGCAGACUUCGUUCAAAGUCCCUGCACCAGUACUGGUGAUUCCCGCUGACCUGGACCUGGUGGAGAUGGAGGGAGUGUAUGAAGCUCACAGGGAGAGGAUUCUCCACCCCAAUCCCACCGGCCUGCAGAAUCGGCACUGACCAAGAGGGGUAGAGGCCUGCGACCAAUGACCAAGGAUCAUCAGCCGGUCGGACAAUUGGUUUACAAAAUGAGAACUGGAUCUCUGUUGAUUGAUCAGAAUCUACAGGGCUAUUGGAGUUGCUGCUUCAAACACGUGACACAGAACUUGGCCACUUUGUCCAGCUGAUCCACAAGCUCUGUGUGGACCUCUUCCCACCUCCCUCCUCUCACUCAGUCAGCAGAUCCUAGUCCAUCCAAGCGGGAUGAACAGGUUAAUAUGCUUUUCAACCAGUCCAUGCGGUUUACACAAAGUCUGAAGAAGGGUCCCGACCCGAAACAUCACCUAUCCACGUUCUCCAGAGAUGCUACCUGACCUGCUAAGCUAUUCCUGAACCUUGUCUCUUUUUUGUAAACCAGCAUUUGCUGUUCCUUAUCUGCCAGAGGAGGUAGUUGAGGCGGGUACGUACGUGGACAGGAAAGGUUUCGAGGGUUAGACACAAAGUACUGGAGUAACUCAGUGGGUCAGGCAGCAUCUCUGGAGGAAAAGGAUGGAUGAUGUUGUGGGUCGGGACCCUUCUUCAGAUGCGUUUGGUUUUUCCUGACCUGAAAUGUCACCUAUUCCUUUUCCUUCAAAGACGCUGCCUGAUCAGCUGAGUUACUCCAGCACUUGUAUCCAAUCCUUGUUGACGCCUGGAGUUGUAAUUGGCCAUAAUAAAUAGCAGAGCUGUAAUGGUAACUAAUGUGGUCUCACAUGGAUAGAACACGGAAGCAGGCCCAUCUGCCCAUCUAGUCCAUGCUGACCAAGGCUGUCCCAUUUACCCAUGUCUGGCCCAUAUCCCUAUUAAACCUUUCCUAUCCACGUACUUGUUCAAGUGUAUUUUAAGUGCUGUUAUAGUACCUGCCUCAACUACCUCUGGCACCUCGUUCCAUAUACCGACCACCCUCUGAGUGAAAACAUCAUGCCUCGGGUUCCUAUUAAACUUUGCCCCUCUCACUUCAAAUAUCAUCUGGUUCUUUAUUCUCCACCUCUGGGUAAAAGAUUGUGCAUUCAUCCUAUCUAUCCACUUCAUGAUUUUAUACACCUCUCCAAGAUCACCCCUCAGCCUUCUACACUCCAAGGAAUAAAGCCCUAGCUUGCCCAACCUCUCCCUGUAGCUCAGGCCCUCGAGUCCUUGUAACAUCCUCAUAAAUCUUCUCUGUGUUGAACCGAACGCAGAACUCCAAAUGGGAUCUCACCAAUGUCUUGUACAACUUGACAUCCCACAUUCUCUACUGUACUCAGUAGCCUGAAUGAUGAAGGCCAAUGGACCAAACUACUUCUUUACCAAUAUUGUUCUACUGGUGUUGGAACAUAGAACAGUACAGCACAGGAACGGGGCUCUUCGGCCUACAAUGUUUCUGUUGAACAUGGUGCCAAGUUAAAGUGACUUCAUCUGCCUGUACAUGAACCAUACGCAUGUACUCUGCACUUCCACAUGUCUGGCAAAAAGCUUCUUGAAAAAACACUUGUUUCUGCCUCCACCACCACCCCCUGGGAGAGCAUUCUAGGCCCCCACACUCUGUUUUUUAUUUAAAAAAAGUUGCCCUGCAUAUCUCCAUUAAACUUUCGUCCUCCCACCGUAAAGCUAUAUCCUUUAGUGUUAGACAUUCCCACCCUCGGAAAAAGGUUGUGACUGUCCACCCGAUCUAUGCCUCUCAUAAUCUUAUAUACUUCCAUUGUCUCCCCUCUACCUCUGACAUUCCAGAGAAGAAAAUCCAGGUCUAUCCAAACUCUUCCUGCAGCAGACACCCUCCAAACCAGGCAACAUUCUGGUAAACAAAAAUGCUGGAGAAACUCAGCGGGUGAAGCAGCAUCUAUGGAGCGAAGGAAAUGGGUAACGUUUCAGGCCGAAACAUCCUGGUAAACCUCCUCCACACCCUCUCCAAAGCCUCCACAUCCUUCAUGUCAUGGGGCGACCAGAACUUUACGCAACACUGCAAAUGGUGCUUGACCAAAGUCCUAUAGUGUUGCAUCAUGAUGUUUAUAACAUGAUUCUGUUUAAACCGCUGACAAUGAAAAUGAGAGAUAGAUACAAAGAGCUGGAGUAAAUCAGUGGGUCAGGCAGCUUCCCUGGAGAACAUGGGUGGGUGUUGUUUUGGGUCGGGACCCUUCUUCUGACUGAAAGUAGGGGGCGGGGGUGAUGGGCUGGACGUGAAUAAAGACCAGGUCCAAUCACAAAUGACCUAUGGCAGGAUGCUGGCCUGGUGGGCUAGGGGAGGUGUUGACUCAAGAGAAACAAUGUGGAGAACUGUAGAAUUGGUUAAAUAACGGGGAGGGGGUGGGAGGGAGGAGGUAGAUGUUACUUAAAAUUGGAGGAUUCAGUGUUCAAACCAUUGGGUUGUAAACUGCCCAAACAAAAAUAAGAGGUGCUGUUCCUCCAACUAGCAUGUGGCCUCCCUCUGGCAAAGGAGGAGGCCCAGGACAGAAGGGUCAGUGUGGGAAUGGGAAGGGGAGUUGAAUUGGUUGACAACCGGGAGAUCCCAUAGGCCGUAAGUUUGGUCUUGCCGACGUACAGGAGCUGAUGUACACAUUGUUUCGACAAUAUGUACGAGUCUGACCUAGGUCAAAUAAAGAGGGCAGAUUUCUUAUUCCUAUUCUGCGGUGAAACACCUUUAACUUUAGACUUUUGAGAUGAAGCGGGCCCUUCGGCCCACUGAGUCUGUGCCGACCUAUGAUCACCCUGUACACUAGCACAAUCCUACACUCUACGGACAAGUUACAAUUUUACCGAAGCCAAUUAACCUACAAACCUCAACGUCUGUGGAGUGCGAGAGGAAACUGAAACACCCAGAAAAAAACCAUGGAGAUAAUGUACAAACUCCGUUCAGACCGCACCCAUAGUCGGGAUCGAGAUCGGGUCUCUGGCGCUGUAAGGCAGUAACUACCACUGGGCUGCUCAGUUCUCUACCUGAUUUCAAUACCCCUUCUCCCCACCCUCUUACCCUGCUGUAUUUAUGUUGUUGGCUGAAAUUGUCUGACUUACCUGUUGAUGGAAUGUCAUUCAAUAAACGGAGUGGCACAGGA